AUGGCGCGCGGGCGGCGGCGAGCCAUCGAGCCCACUACAAAGGGGGAACCCACAGACAAGAGUAACUACUGCCGAGACGUGAUUUCCGUCUGGAAAACUGUCAGGCUGUGCAAAAAGCAAGACUCAGAGUACACUACAGUUGCCAAAUCGGGACCUUAUUGCCGGAUUCCGAGACUUGCGGCCUUUUUUGGCGUUUUGUGA